AAGAUGGCGGCCCCCAUGGUGCGGCACGGCUUCCUUCAGGCUCGGAGAAUGGCCAUCCCUCUUCACUUCUCCCCGGCAGGUAAGCGAUUCCUGCUUUCUGCAGCCUACUCAGACAGCCACAAAUGGGAAGCAAGAGAAAAAGAACAUUGUCAUCUUGCUGAUCUUGCAUCCUUAAUGGACAAAACAUAUGAGAGGAAGUUUCCUGUUAGCUCUUUAACAAUAUCACGGUUUGUAGACAACAUUUCAUCUCGAGAAGAAAUAGACCAUGCAGAGUAUUACCUUUACAAAUUUCGACACAGUCCCAACUGCUGGUACCUAAAAGACUGGACUGUCCACACCUGGAUUAGGCAGUGUCUAAAGUAUGGUGCACAAGACAAAGCCUUAUAUACCCUUGUCAACAAGGUUCAGUAUGGAAUUUUUCCAGAUAACUUUACAUUCAAUUUACUGAUAGAUUCUUUCAUAAAGAAAGAAAAUUACAAAGAUGCUUUAUCUGUGGUUUUUGAGAUCAUGAUGCAAGAAGCCUUUGAAGUGCCUUCCACCCAGCUGCUCUCCCUCUACGUUUUAUACCAUUGCCUGUCAAAGAAGACGGGCUUCAGUUGGGAAGAGGAGAGGAACUUUGGUGCAUCCUUGUUACUUCCUGGCCUAAAACAAGAGAACUCAGUGGGGUUAAGUUCCCAGUUAUAUGGCUAUGCACUUCUUGGGAAGGUGGAAUUGCAGCGAGGGCUACGGGAUGUGUACCAUAACAUGCCUCUCCUGUGGAAGCCAGGCUACCUUGACAGGGCCCUUCGAGUGAUGGAGAAAGCGGCUGCCUCUCCGGAGGACCUGAAGCUGUGUGGAGAAGCGCUCGAUGUGCUGGACAGAGUUCUGAGAACACUGACUUCUACAGCCAACCAGGCCUCAGAAACACAGUCUCAAGAAGGCGAAGACAACCAGGGCUCAGUAAACCUGGUAGAGCAGCUGGAUCUAGAGGAGCCUGAAGAGUCCAAACUUCCCCAGUACCUGGAACGAUUUAAGGCCUCACGCUCUCAGCUGCAGGCUCUGGGCAGAAUUGAGGCAGAAAGCCUUCUGACUCUGACCACCCAGCUUGUGAAGGCCAAGCUCCCUGCCUGUGAGGCUGAGGACCUCGCCACCUAUGAGCAGAAACUGCAGCAGUGGCACCUGGAGCGGGUACAGUUGAUGCAGAGGGAACAGGAGCAGCGGGAGAAAGCAAAGCAGAAGUACCAGGCCUGGAUGGCAGCGAAGACAGCAGCCUAACAGACUGCCAGCAUUCAGCACACAAGCUAGAGACUCAGACUCAGCCUCCUCUAUCCAGCUUCUCCUUUUCUCAAAAGCCACAAUGUGCUCCAUGUCAUGACACUGUGAAUGCCAGUCCUGGUGCCAAGUAGGGUGGAGAACUAGGAAGUGGCUGGAAUCGAGCCACCAGCCCAAUCCCUAUAGGCUCUUGAGGCACACGGUAGAGUCCUGGGCUCAAAGAUCAACUGUGAGCAUGGAAACUUUCUAGUACUUUGAGAGGGUAUGGGAGGGAGAAGUUGUAGCUGGAGUCAGGUCUCUAAUACAGGCAUUUCAAUGGUUACCCUGUCCUUGACACAGGCACACCAGACCAAGGUGAAUGAGUACAGGUCCUGAGACCUCAUGUCCAGGAGUCCCUUUGCCCCAUAUUCCUACUCCUCCUUCCCACCAUGCUCUGCUCUGGGCAAUGUUCAGGAUAGCAGUGACCUCAAGACCACAGCACUACUGGAUUCUAGAUGUUAGGCACUCGGCAAUAUUUCUAGAAUGCAAGGACUUCCACGGAGAAACUUAUGCCCUGCCUAUAAUGAUUUUGUGGCUUGUUUUUUUCUGUCAUAUUUUCCAGAGCACUGUUUCAGCUCCUUAUCAAGGGGGUGAAUGGACUUUUGUGUACAUACGCACAUACACAUACACGCACAACUUGUAAACACAGUUAUAGGCGUUGGAGAAAAUGAAAGAUGGGAUGGUGCUUGAUGUGCAAAAUGAAUAAUUGUAAAACUGUCAGAGGGUAGAAAAUUCCUUCUUGAGUUUUUUUUUGUGAAAAGAUUACAAACAGCUUUUGCUUGUGGUAUUUUUAUUCAGGAUUGUACUUUUUUUUAUUAAGAACCUGUGGAGAUAAUAUAUUACAAUAAUCUCAGAACAAUUACUUUUGGGGAGAUGGAGGAAGUGGUUUUUGUUAUUAUUAUUAGUACACUUUUUAGGGAGUUUUUGAGAGGGGUUUUGGGACAUAGGUACUAUACUUGAACAUGCUAGGCAUGCACCCUACCACUUGAGCCAUGUUGCCAGCUCUUUUUGUUUUAAUUUGUUAUUAGAGAUGGUCUCAGGGUUUUGCCCAGGCCCAUAGUCCUUUCAAUGUGCCAACAACUCAGCCUUAGGAGGUAGUAUUAGCCCCACAUUAUGAAGAAGGAAAUAAACCUGUUUCCUCUUCCAACUCUGUUAUCUCCUCCCCACAGUCCUGUCUUCGGAGCUGUAGCGUCCUCUCCCAUCCUUGAGGAUUGUGACUUGUGACUGCUUGUUCUCUGUUCCCUUUCCUGGACACCUGUGCUCUGGGCACUUCAGUACCCUAGCCUGUGGGGGAAUUCCCUUCCUCUAGCCAACCUGUCAAUCACAGCCAAAUCUCCACCUCCUAGCACUAAUAUAGGGCUUUACACCCCAAAGUCCCAUUCUCCAGUCUCCUGUCAUGCCAAGAGCCCUCUUGUCUCUUUUACUCCCCACAUGUAAACUCUUUGCCUCUACUGGUCAUUCAAACUUUAGUUCCCGACUUCAGUUUCACUUGUUUGCCUCCCAGCCUGGGCCCAUGUUAGCCAUCCCACUGAUGCUCUUCUUAGCAUCUUUCAUUUCCUCUCCAUUUAGCCAGGUCCAGAUGCCAUGCUUACAUCCUUCAGCCCCUUUGGAAGGGUUGAACUAUCCCAAAAAGUAGAUUGAACCUUAGAAUAUUUUCUUAGUUGUGUCCUUUUGUCAAAUUUAAAUGAGAUUAUUAGAUUGAGCCCUAGUCCAGUAUGAGAGGUGGUCUUGAAAGGGGGGAAUGAGUGCAGACAGAGGCUUGCGUAGGAGGAAGACAGUGUGAAAACACCAUGGGACCAGGUGUUUUCCACAGGGGACUUCCACAAGCUUAGAGUUGCUGAACUUCUAUGAAAAGAUCAGAAGCCAGGAGAAACAAGGGAGAAUUCUCCCUUCAGAAAGACAUGGAUGGCCCUGCUGACUGGAUUGUUCAUUGUUGUGAGCUCUUGUGUUCUUUUAAGUUCCCAAAUUUUGGAAUAUUGUAAAGGCAACCUUAAGAGGAACUGAUACACCAGUUUGUUUCCUUUGCUUCUGGCCUUUUAAUAUACAGUCAUAUCAUGCUGAUUAAAUUCCUCUACAAAGUCAUAGCUUUCCCCUUCAACCCAGUAGUCAUUCCAUUUAUCCAUAAUUCAGUUUUACUUCAGCAGCUUUACAUGAGCCUAAGACCCUGGCCUCAGAACAAUGAGUAGAAUUUCCUUCACAUUUCAUCAAGAUAAUAUAAGCCACCUAACAUAGCCUCCGCAUCCCUCCUUUCUUCCUCACAAUGCUUGUCCUUGCCAUUUCUCUCCACCUUACUUAGUCCCAGCUGUUCUCUUCCUCCUUGUCAAAGUGAGAUUUCCUUAGUGUCCUCAACACCACACCUUCCUGCUUCAUCUGGACCCAGUGGUCAGUGUGGCUCAAGAACCUUUUCCUUCAUCCUACCACCAAGCAAGCUCCUUCCCUGUGUCACCAAACUCCCUCAAAGGGUUUGUCCACUGAUUGAAUGGAGUCUCCUUCCUUAGAUGUUGAGAAUUGAGCUUUCAGCUUUGCCUCUGAUGCACAACGGGGCUACCGUGGCAAUGGUCCUUUCCCUUCUUGCCCACUGUAUUCCAUUUGGCUUCACUCACCUUAUGAGUUGGGGGUCUGCAGCACACAGAAGUGUGCCAGCACUGCUUUUGUGUGUUCACAAGCAUUUGACAUAACUACAAAGCACCACAGAGUUGACAGAGAUCAGUAACACAGGCCCUACCCUCACAUAACUUUAGGUCCACUGAGGAAAGGGCUAGCAUAUCUGUACCUGUCAACAGUUAAGUGAUGUCAAAGAGACAGGUCAAGGCAGGGUGGCAGAGUUCAAAGGAAGAACUCUGCAGACUGGGAGGUCACAAAGCACCAGUCUCUAGGAACUAUCUUCUGCAUUGUACUUUAGUCACAUGGGUUUCUCAAAUUGCUCUGGGGAGGGACGGCUCUUUUCCCCAACUAAUGGAUUCUUCAACUUAAAACCAAUUCAGACUAAACCUGUACACUUAGGUGCACGUUAGUACAAAAAAAAAAAGACUGAAAAAAAAGGUAAAGUUGGGGGAAGAAAGGAAAAGCAACAGUGAAGUAAAAGUGUCCAGAAUGUCCACACAUCCCACCUUGAGGCUCAUGCUUUGUCACUAACCUUGCCUGGCCUUUCCUGCCCUCUAGUUGGUAAGGGUUUAAGAUCUAUGUGUGAGGAGGUUGUGGGUGAUUUAAUAAGCAGUCACAGGCCUUGAAAAUACAUUGAUUAAAGCCACUUGGCUCUGAAUGAAAACAGCCUUUACAGUGUGUGCACUUUGCUGACUGGAUGUCCCCCAAACACAAGCCAGCGUUCUGUUUUUCCCUUUUUGCUGCAGCUGUAUUAUGACCUCUGGGAAACCUUAACCACUGCAAAGGAACAAAGAACUCUGCAAUAGCUAUGAGAAAGACUUUCAGAAAGUCUUUCACAUUGUCAUGUGUCUUUUAGAAGCCAAUGCCAAGUCAGAGGUCUGAGUGCAAGCAGGUUUGAGGGGCAUUUCCUGUGAGAGAAAAGGACAGGAAAAGCCCUCCAGGUGAAGACCCCACCUCUGCCUCUGUGGCUUGGGAGAUGGAGACCCUCAAGGCCCGAACUUGAUAACCCAGGGCUGUCUCUGAUGGGUUCAUUAGGUAGAACUGGACCGGGAAUCUUGAGAGGACCUCAACGUGAGUCCUGGAGAAACACUUCCGUAUCAUCUGAUGUCCUCAUUGGAUAUGGAUGGGGGAGGGAUGAAAUAAAAAUGGGUUGGGAAGGCUUUGACUUUAGUGCAUCAUUAAAACAGAAAAAGUGUU